AUGUUGAUGCAGAUCAAUUAUGUCAAGAAUAUAUCACAACCGUUUGAAACGAGGAUGGACAAUGAUAGGUCUGAGAAUAGAACACUCAAGCUUCAUUUGACAGAUGGCGUUCAUUCAUUCUUUGCAAUGGAGUAUCAGUAUAUACCAUUCAUCACUCCACAGCUUGCACCCGGAACCAAAGUAUUAGUACGUGAUGUACCAAUAAGAAGAGGUAUACUACUACUAGAUGAAACAAACAUUCGUAUACUUGGUGGCAGUGUUCAGCGUUUAGUAGACGCCGCGACAACUGCCGCCAAGUCAUCAACUACGAAUGGGGUGGUCCAGAGCAACAACAUAUCAUCAUCUACAUCAACAACGGUCAACAACAAUAACAAUGUAACGAAUAAUACACCAGUCUUGAAACUCAAUAUCAACAACAUCGCUCAACCAACUUCCGCGCCUGUCAAGACGACACUUCUUUCAAAUCUUAUUCGACAAAAGAAACAAGAAGAUGGAGACAAGAUCAAUGGCACAAGCACAUCACAUACUAAUGGCAACAGCAAUGGCAACGGCAAUGGCAAUGGACAUGGUAAUGGACAUGGUAAUGGAAGGACAAAACCAGUUGACAACUUCUUUGAUCAAGAUGAUAUUUAUUAUGAUCCAAUCGAUAUACCUAUGAUGGAUGAGGAUGAAUACAAUGACAAUGUUGACAUUGCCAACUUUCACUUUGAUCCUCAAGAGUUUGAGGAUGAAGACGUAUAUCGCUCAACACCAAUCAAACUGCCGCCGACCAUCCCCAAGUUGACACUUGGCAACAACAACAACAAGUUAUCCACAUCAUCACGUACACCAACUUCAAUAUCACCUCCACUGAUACCAAUGGACAUUGUCAAGACAGAGAAGCCACAACAACAACAACAACCUCAACCCCAGUUCAUAGCAAUAGCAUUGGGAGCAUCAACAAGGAAAUCAAACGAUGAUAGUGGCAAUAGUGAUGUGAUCGUACGAAUAUCAGAUGGCACUGGUGGUCUCUCGGUGAGAUUGGCACGCGACCUAAUGAUCAAGCUCAUGGAGAUGAGUGAGGCAGAGUUCAAAAAGAUGGUCGUCGACAAGAAAGCCGAGAUGGGCAAGCAACUCAAUCAAAGAUUAUUCCAAACCGAGGGUAUCUUUGCGCUAUCCAUCCAACGGCGCAACGGCGAAACAUUCGUGCUACUAGAUGACAUUGCCGAUCUAGACGACGCCAGCUACAUUAACUAUAUAGAGGACAAGUCGACAAAGUAA